AUGUCCCUGCCACUACUGCCAGGACAUGUCAUGCACCUGUCUCCAUUCCACUUUUCUUCUACUGAACCGGACUUGACUAGUACAAACAUAUUCAAGUCCUUGGAUGAUCUGAACAAGCUCGCCCCUCGCGUCUUGCAAGAUGUGAAUGAUUCUCUCAGAUCGUCACCCUAUGCCGAACGCUUAGCACAGGACCCAGGGCUCGACGUCGAGCCCGGGUCGCAGGAUGAUCAAAGGCUACGACACGAGAUCGCAACCUACCACUCACUCAUGUCCAGUAUUCACAUCAUCACGGAACAGCUCAACCUGUGCCACUCAAAACUCAGCCAAGCGUCCCUUGCGCACUUCAGACCCAUCUGCGCCCUUACCCGUAUGCCCUCCGAGAUUCUUGCUAGUAUCUUCGUGUUAUCCGUCCAGCUAACCCCUGUCGAACUCCAUCCUGUCUCACACUACGGAUUUGAGCCCGAACGGUACGACGGCCACUUAUCCACCUACCGACACGCUGGUCGCACCCCCGCGCUGAAUGUUGCCCAGAUAUGCCGUCACUGGCGCGCGAUCGCCCUUGGCACCCCCGAGCUUUGGAAUGUCAUUGCCCCGGCAAAGUUGCGGCAGCUUGAGUUGACGCCGUCUAACGACCCAGACGGCCCUAGCCCAUUCAUACAAAUGAUUAUGUGGUCUGAAAAACCGAGGCUUGUGAACGCCGUCGCUGCCGAGCUACUACACAGGUCGCGAGGCGCACCACUGAUGCUGGCGCUUGAUACGUGUGGCACGCAUUACAUGAGCUCACUAUCACCCAAGCACACAUCACCAGCGUUCAGGGGGCGAUGCGAGGGGCUGGAGAUUAUAUACAUGGAAGAGGGUGGCUUCCUGAAUCUAAUCCGCUUCCACGCACUCCCAUCAUCCGGGCUGAAGCGUCUCCGGCUCGUGGGAAGCCUCAUCGCGGAGGGAACAGGCGAUGAGCUUACGCGCCACUCCAAUCUGCGAGAGCUCUGCGUCGAUGUCCCGCAGCGGGGCUUCAACGUCAAGACGUUCUUCCCCUCCUCCCAGACGCCCACGUUUCCCGGGCACUGGAGGUUCCUAACAUCCCUCCAGAUUACGUGCAACCAUUUCUGCGGUCUUAAAAUUGACACAGUCGUGCUUCACAUCUACAGCAUCGCGCCGAACCUUGAGCACCUUUACGUGCAGGAGAAUGAUAACACAGCAUUCGCAUCAAACUAUUACAACGUUUUCUUUAAGCCUCUCGGCCUACCACAGGGAAGUGCCCUGACCCCGUUCAUUUGGCAGAAACUUCGCUUCCUGGGUUUGCAUAGUGUCAACGACCUGCGUACGUCGAGGCUUCUGCAGGCGCUGAAGUGUCCUUCUCUGGUAGAAUUCGUCACAAACGCACACGUACACAAGGAGAACGUUGACACGUUUCUCAACAACUGCGGAGAGUCAUUGAAAAGGGUCAGGCUGCUGAAAUCUGUCACACAUGAGAUGUCGCCGAAGCUAGGCGAAGAUAUCAAGCAGGACAUCGAGACGACUCAUCCAACGUUGAAGGUGGAAGAGAUUGAGAAAAAGGAUACGCGGUUCUUCUCGCUUCCUGUGUGGUACGGUUAUGUGGAGAUAGUCGAAGAGUGCGGUUGUAGGCGGUAUUGGGACCCCGAUGCGUGA